AUGGCAGAUGCCGAGGAAUGGAGUGAUGAUGGAACUGACCAAGGAGGAGGGUCAGUACGUCAUGGGCUGGAUUAUGAUGGACUUAGUCGAGGGGAAGGACUAAGGCAUCAGGGAGGCCGAGGAUUAGGCCAUGAACUAAAUGUUCAGGAUAUAAGGAGUGCUUCGGGUUCAAGGAUGGAGAACCCGGCACAAAUGGAUAAGGAUUUUAGGAGGAGUCGGUCGCUGCAACGCCGGUGGUGUGGCUCAAACAAGGAGGAUGGACAUAAGGAAAGUCAGGCAGGAAGGAAACGCUGGAGGCUGAGGGACUAUUCUUCAUCUUCAUCGGGAUCUGAUGGAGAUUCACCACUACCUAAGAGAAGACGCCGAGGAACUAGUAAACAGUCUGAGACUAGUACUAUAUUAGAUAAGUUUCUAAGUAUUCUCGACAAAGUCAGGGAUCCGAAUAAGCAUAAGUUACCAUAUAACACCAAUGUCGUGCCUGAGUUUGAUCCUAUGUCAAAGGAACAGACCGUGCUAGCUUGGUUAACGAAAGUGGAAGAAUGUGCCGAAAUAUAUGGUUGGGAUGAUAAGGCAACAAUUCACUAUGCGUUACCCAAGCUAAGCGGGGUUGCUAAAACUUGGUACCAAGGGUUACCCACUCUGUUGUUUACAUGGCCAGAGUGGAAAAAGAAAUUGAUAGAAUCCUUUCCUUGUCGAGAAGACUAUGCUGAACUUCUUACGGAAAUGUUAGAAAAAAAAGUAAAGUAUGGCGAAUCUUUGGAACACUAUUACUAUGCAAAAAUUAAUUUGUUGAAUCGGUGUAAGAUUACAGGUAAGGAAGCUGUAGACUGCAUUGUGUAUGGAAUUGAGGAUCGAGCAAUUAAAGUAGGCGCACAGGCAGCUCAGUUUAAAGAACCUUCGCAAGUACUUAAGUAUUUUAGAACUGUCAAGGUGGCGAAUGUUCGUAACAAUAAUGAAUUGUCACAAAAAAAAAUAAGUGACCGUAAUAACAGUUCUACAUUCAACCGCCCCGGAUCUAGUCGACUCAGCAAUGUUAACUCAAGCAUAACUUGUUUUAAUUGCAAAGAAAUGGGUCAUCCCAGUUUCAAAUGUAAUAAACCUGUAGUAAAAUGCACAUUAUGUGAUAGAUUAGGGCAUUCGGCAACACAUCACUAA